AUGGCAUCUGAAGCAGAGAAAACAUUCAAGAAGUUUGCUACCUUUGAAGACUCCUCAAGCAAUGGCACUGAAAUGAACAACAAGAACUUCUCCAAGCUGUGCAAAGACUGUGGCAUCAUGGAUGGCAAGAUGGUCACCUCCACAGAUGUGGACGCUGCGUUCAACAAAGUCAAGGGCAAGAAUGGGGGAACCAUCACAUUUCAGCAGUUCACAGAAGCAAUGAAGGAACUGGCCCAGAAGCGGUUCAAGGAAAAGAGCCCAGACGAAAGCCUGAAGGACAUUUAUAAACUCAUGGAGGGCAAGGAUCCAGCCACCACUGGUGCUUAACUGUGAGUGAUAAAAGCAACAACAGUGGGUGUAGUGGACCAUCUGACUGACAUCAGCAAGUACACCGGCAGCCACAAGAAGCACUUUGAUGAGAGUGGCAAGGGCAAGGACAUCUCAGGAUGGGAAGAGAUAACUGUUAACUCAGGCUGUGUGAGUGGCUACAAGGGUUCUGGCACCUACGACCAAAAGAAUUAG